GCGUGUAAUGAAUUCACCACACAUGUGAUGAACCUCCUCAGAGAACAGAGCCGGACACGUCCCAUUUCUCCCAAGGAGAUCGAAAGGAUGGUGGGCAUCAUCCAUCGAAAAUUCAGUUCCAUCCAGAUGCAGCUCAAACAAAGUACUUGCGAAGCAGUAAUGAUCUUAAGAUCGAGGUUCCUCGAUGCCAGACGGAAAAGGCGUAACUUCAGUAAACAAGCCACAGAAAUCUUGAACGAGUAUUUUUACUCCCACCUCAGUAACCCCUACCCCAGUGAAGAAGCCAAAGAAGAGCUGGCAAAGAAAUGCAGCAUCACGGUAUCGCAGGUGUCCAACUGGUUUGGCAAUAAGAGAAUCAGGUACAAGAAGAACAUUGGGAAGUUCCAGGAAGAAGCCAACCUCUACGCGGCAAAGACGGCUGUGACCGCAGCGCACGCCGUGCCUGGNNNNGUCCAGAACAACCAGACAAACUCCCCCACCACACCAAACUCUGGUACGUCCCCGGCCCGCGCGUUAAGGCGUCCCGAAGGGCAGUCUGUAGAGGACACCCUCGAUGGUGCCCGA